AUGAGGGGUUCUCUCACCACAAGCUGCGGACAUCUGCUGCUGCUGAGUUUGGUCAGCUCCACAGAGUUCACAGGCGUGAUGCUCAGGUGGGUCACCAGUGGGGCUCUCUCCUCUGGUGUUUGUGUCCUGGAGGCAGCACGCUCCCGCCUGGCCGCCCAGUUCCAUGUCUCUCCGACGAUCCCAAACCCUCUCUCCUCUUGA